AUGGAGAAGAUUUGCGUAGCAGUGAGAUUGAGACCAGCAGUGAAUGAAGAAACCCCAAAUGGAAAUGGGUACCACUGGGAAGUGGAAAACAAUCGCAUUUCUCUUCACAAAUCUCGGGGCACCCCCAUUUCUGGCGUUUCCUUUGCUUUUGAUCAUGUUUUCGACCAGGAUUGCCGUAACAGUAGGGUAUAUGAGCUUUUAAUCAAGGACAUUAUACAUGCAGCUGUUGAAGGAUUCAAUGGAACUGCAUUUGCAUAUGGACAGACAAGUAGCGGCAAGACUUUUACCAUGAAUGGUUCAGAAACUGAUCCAGGAAUUAUCCACCGGGCUGUAAAAGAUAUAUUUACAGAAAUUGAGAUGACAACCGAUAGGGAGUUUUUGGUUAGAGUUUCCUAUAUGGAAAUUUAUAAUGAAGACAUCAAUGAUCUUUUUGCUGUGGAAAAUCAGAAACUGCAAAUUCACGAGAGUUUGGAGCGUGGAGUAUUUGUUGCAGGACUGAGGGAGGAGAUAGUGAACAGUGCCGACCAAGUACUUGACCUUAUUCAACUUGGAGAAGUUAAUCGACAUUUUGGUGAGACUAACAUGAAUGCUCGUAGUAGUAGAUCUCAUACAGUUUUUAGGAUGGUCAUUGAAAGCAAGGGAAAGGACAACAAUUCGAAUAAUAGUUCAAGUUCACAUGAUGCAAUUCGUGUCUCUGUCUUGAACUUGGUUGACUUAGCGGGUUCUGAAAGAGUAGCUAAAACUGGAGCGGGGGGAGUUCGUUUAAAGGAAGGAAAGCACAUUAACAAGAGCUUGAUGGUUCUUGGAAAUGUGAUUAACAAGCUAAUUGAGGGUGCAAAGCAAAGGGGACACAUUCCUUAUCGCGAUAGUAAGCUUACUCGUAUACUUCAACCUGCACUUGGUGGUAAUGCGAAAACUUCAAUAAUUUGUACAGUGGCACCAGAAGAGGUCCACUUAGAGGAAACAAAGGGAACUCUUCACUUUGCUAGCAGAGCGAAACGGAUUACCAACUGCGUUCAAGUGAAUGAGAACUUGGUUGACUUAGCAGGUUCUGAAAGAGUUGCUAAAACUGGAGCUGGGGGAGUUCGUUUAAAGGAAGGAAAGCACAUUAACAAGAGCUUGAUGGUUCUUGGAAAUGUGAUUAACAAGCUAAUUGAGGGUGCAAAGCAAAGGGGACACAUUCCUUAUCGCGAUAGUAAGCUUACUCGUAUACUUCAACCUGCACUUGGUGGUAAUGCAAAAACUUCAAUAAUUUGUACCGUGGCACCAGAAGAGGUCCACUUAGAGGAAACAAAGGGAACUCUUCACUUUGCUAGCAGAGCAAAACGGAUUACCAACUGCGUUCAAGUGAAUGAGAUACUAACUGAUGCAGCUCUAUUAAAGCGACAAAAACUUGAAAUAGAGGAGCUACGCUUGAAACUUCAGGGAUCACAUGCGGAAGUAUUAGAGCAAGAAAUCUUGAAACUGAGGAAUGAUAUGCUGAAGUAUGAGUUAGAGCGGGAGAAGCUUGCUAUGGAAUUAGAAGAGGAAAGGAGAUCACAUAAAGAGCGUGAUCAAUGCAUCAGGGAGCAACAAAUAAAAAUCAAUAAUCUUAGCAACCAGAAUGUUGGCAAAGGAAGCCUUGGAGAGGAAAGCAAUGACAGUCACAGCACCUGCCAAGAAGAUGCCUUUAGUACACCAUGUUUUAAAGCAGUUCCCAAUGCUUUUGUAUUUAAGCGAUCACAAUACUCUAGGCAGCCAGAUUGUAGUCCACUUCCAGAUACAUGUAAUGACUUUGCUGAUGAAGACACGUGGAUGAAAAUGAAUAAAGGUUAUGUAGCUGACCUUGAUGCACUUAAUAUGACUCCAGCAAGGAAAGCUCAUUCAUUUCCGUCUGUUGAGGACAUCUCGGCGGAGAAUUACAAUCAAGAGAUGCUAAAUCUACAUAGACAAUUACAACUUGUUACCGAGGAAAGAGAUGAACUCAAGAUGAAACAUACGGCACAAGUGUCGUUAAACAACCAGUUAACUAAAGAAAUAUCUGAACUCCAGCAAGAGGCAUUGCUAAUUCCAGAAGUUCCUCGAGCCCUGCUCGAGUCCGUGGCAAACUGCAAAGACGCUUACAAGGAUAUUCUUUCAGUUUUACAGGAUUUUGUAGCUGAUGAAAGAUCUGCAACUGCUGAAAUACUCUCUACAACAAGUGAGAUAGGUUUAAGUUUGUUUUCAACUCUGGAAGCUCAUUUUUCUAUGGCUAUGGAUGGCCAGAGGUCCCAUAUAAACAAUUAUUCAAUACAAGAACAAUGCACUGUGCUUCGGAAGAGGUUGAAUAGCUUGAUUUCAUCCUUGGUAUUAUCAGAUGCACCAAAAAUCAAGGAUGAACAUUUGGAGGAUUUUCCGUAUAGCAGCAAACAUAAGGGCACUUUGGGAGCAGAAAUUGCUUCUUGGAAAAGGGAUCUGGACGAUGAAAUCAGAACAAUCAAACAGAAAUACCAAAAUUUGGAGUCAGAGUUGGUUGUCAAUAACAAGAUUCUUGAGGUUUCUGAGGAUAAAUAUCAUAGCUUGGAAAGGGAGCUCAAUCUUAUGAAAGCAGAGAGAGAUGACCUUCUCGAAAGAGUCUCCAAUUCAUCGCAAAUGCUUGCACAGUUUAGGGAUCAGAAGGAAAAUUUUCAACAGGAUUUGAAUGCUGAAGUACAGAGGAGAAAAAAACUCGAAGAAGAGAUCAAACAAUUCAGUGUUGCUUUUGCAUCUCGGCAGAGGUCAAUAAUGUCUUUCCAAAGCGACUUCAAAUCUGUACUUGAGAACUUGAAGGCCCAGAAUCCAGUUUCAGCAUCCAAAUAUCUUGGAUCUUGA